GUCUUACUCUUACAGUCUCUCCGAACUCUCCCAGACAUCUCUGCCUCUGGUUUUGCCCUCCCUUUAUCUGCAAUACACUUACUUUUCCACCAUACCCAGGAGCGCUCCUGUCCUUUUAUUUUUAUUUCUUUCUUUUUUAUUCUAUGAGUGAAAACAAAAGAAAACAAAUUUGGUUUUCUCCAUGAACCGAGUGGCUAAAACAGUUCAUCACUGCCAGGGCUUUGAGUCGAUAUCCAGUUUUCCUCGUCCUGCAGAGUUCUGCCUGUGUCUGACGUCGGAGCCCAGGAGCGGUUAAAUCAGGCAGGCACAAGAGCUGUCUCCCCGGACCAGCAAGUGGGGCCUCCUACCUGUGGCUUUACAUCACUGGGAACAGGCGGGAGAUGAGGGCGAACUAAACAGAAAAUAACUGACCACAAGGAACCUUGGGACCUGCCCCACUUUGGACUAGCCCUGAGCUGUUGUUGGUGUCUAAUUCGGUUUCUGCACUUAGAGCACCCCAAAGCCCCUGACCCUCUAGCGUCUCACCAGUGCAGCAAAGCUUCACUUUCAAAGGCGAUGAUCCCAGGCGUUCUCACCUUUUGCCCGCAAUUUCUGAAUUCUGAUUGGAAGAAUAGGUUAGGUCACAGCCACAUUUCCAGUGGAAGACAAGAGUUCCUUGGAUGUAGGGCACUGAGUCUAUAUUCCCGUCUACUUUGAGAAUCUAGUAGUUAUUGAGUGAAGUGGGAGUUCAACAAAACUAUCGGCUAACUUUAUUUCCAGUCACCGACCACAUUUGGGAAGCCUGUGGUCCGUGAAGGUAUGUUUCUGUGCCAUAAAUUAUGAAUAUCAGUUGUGUGUCGUUUCUGCAAAGUGAAAACGCUACAAAGAGAACCUGAGAUAAUUUUGCAAAAGUCUUUUUCCGCAGCCCUGGACGCUUUGGGAGCGAGGAUGCUCUCGUCCCCUAGAAGGCUGCAAACCGAGCACAUCCGGGCAGCAGCCCCCUUGCUCAAGUUCGGCUCAACGUCGACACCCAGCGGCGUGGAAAGGAACUUGCUAGGCUACAGCCCGAGACCGGGGAGUCUCUGUGCGCAGGCGCUCUGAGUCGCCGCGCCCGUCGUCCUGCUCAUCACCGAGCCUGCGCACCCCACUCGCCCUGGGCCUUAAGCAGUGACAGGCGCUCUGCCCCCACUGCGCCUGCGCGGCAACAGCUGGCGGAAACGCAGAACCGGCUUGCUGUGAGAGCCGCUUCCGGUCGGAGCCAAGCUUGGCGUUCUGAGGGGACGCUGCGAGGCUGGAGUUCAAAUCAGAGGACUUGCUGCCCCUGCCAUGGCUACCUCACAGUCUUCACAAACCGUCGCAGCUCAUGUCCCCUUUGCAGAUUUAUGUUCCACAUUGGAGCGGAUACAUAAAAGUAAAGACCGUGCAGAGAAGAUCAGGCACUUCAAGGAAUUUUUAGACUCUUGGAGGAAAUUUCACGAUGCCCUUCAUAAGAACAAGAAGGACAUUCCGGACUCCUUUUACCCAGCCAUGAGACUUAUUCUCCCUCAGUUAGAGAGAGAGAGGAUGGCUUAUGGUAUCAAAGAAACCAUGCUUGCCAAGCUUUACAUCGAGUUACUGAACUUACCAAGGGAAGGCAAGGACGCCCUGAAGCUCCUCAAUUAUCGAACACCGAGUGGCGCUCGCACGGAUGCUGGGGAAUUUGCGAUGAUUGCGUACUUCGUGUUGAAGCCGCGGUGCUUACAGAAAGGAAGCUUAACCAUACAGCAGGUGAAUGAACUCUUGGACUUAGUCGCCAGCAACAAUUCUGGCAAAAGAAAAGACCUAGUGAAGAAGAGCCUUCUCCAGUUGAUAUCGCAGAGUUCAGCCCUGGAACAAAAGUGGCUGAUCCGCAUGAUCAUUAAAGACUUAAAGCUGGGCAUCAGUCAGCAAACGAUACUUAAUGUCUUUCAUAACGACGCAGUUGAGUUGCACAACGUCACCACGGAUCUGCAGAAGGUGUGCCAGCAACUCCAUGACCCCUCCGUAGGGCUCAGUGAUAUCUCUAUCAGCCUCUUUUCUGCCUUUAAGCCUAUGCUAGCCGCCGUAGCCGACGUGGAGCGCGUGGAAAAGGACAUGAAGCAGCAGAGUUUCUACAUCGAGACCAAGCUGGACGGCGAACGCAUGCAGAUGCACAAAGACGGGGAGGUGUAUCAGUACUUCUCCAGGAACGGCUAUGACUACACCGAUCAGUUUGGCGCGUCCCCCCAGGAAGGCUCCCUCACCCCCUUCAUCCACGACGCCUUCCGGACAGAUGUGCAAGAGUGCAUCCUCGACGGCGAGAUGAUGGCCUACAACCCAACCACGCAGACGUUCAUGCAGAAGGGGGUCAAGUUUGACAUCAAAAGGAUGGUGGAGGAUUCCGACCUGCAGACGUGUUACUGCGUCUUCGACGUGUUGAUGGUUAAUAAUAAGAAGCUAGGGCGUGAGACCCUGAGGAAGAGAUAUGAGAUCCUUAGCAGUACUUUGACACCCAUCCAGGGUCGAAUAGAGAUCGUGCAGAAAAAGCUCGCUCACACGAAGAAUGAGGUGGUGGAUGCCUUAAAUGAAGCCAUUGAUAACAGAGAGGAGGGCAUCAUGGUUAAGCACCCUCUGUCAAUUUACAAGCCCGACAAAAGAGGGGAAGGGUGGCUGAAAAUUAAACCAGAGUAUGUCACUGGAUUAAUGGACGAAUUAGACCUCUUAAUUGUGGGGGGCUACUGGGGUAAAGGUUCUCGCGGCGGCAUGAUGUCUCACUUUUUGUGUGCGGUGGCAGAGGCGCCGCCUCACGGUGAGAGGCCAUCUGUGUUCCAUACUCUGUGCCGUGUUGGGUCAGGAUACACCAUGAAGGAGCUCUAUGACCUUGGCCUGAAAUUGGCCAAACAUUGGAAGCCUUACCAUAAGAAAUCCCCACCGAGCAGCAUUUUAUGCGGCACAGAGAAGCCGGAAGUGUACAUCGAGCCCCAUCACUCCGUGAUUGUCCAGAUCAAGGCGGCAGAGAUCGUCCCCAGUGACAUGUACAAGACUGGGACCACGCUGCGCUUCCCACGCAUCGAGAAGAUCAGAGAUGACAAGGGGUGGCAUGAGUGUAUGACCCUGGGUGACCUGGAAGAGCUGAGGGGGAGAGCAUCCGGGAAGCUUGCCACAAAGCACCUUCACAUCGGCGACGAUGAUGAACCUAGAGAAAAGAGGCGGAAACCCGUCUCCAAAGUGAAGAAGACCAUCGGAAUUAUCGAACACUUGAAAGCACCUAACCUCUCUAACGUAAGCAAGGUUUCUAACGUAUUUGAGGACGUUGAGUUUUGCGUUAUGACUGGGAUGGAGGGUUUUCCCAAGCCUGACCUGGAGAACAGAAUUGCAGAACUUGGUGGCUGCGUUGUGCAGAAUCCAGGCCCAGAAACGUACUGUGUGAUUGCAGGGUGCAGGAACAUCAGAGUGAGGAACAUUAUCUCCUCGGACGAACACGAUGUCGUCAAGCCCGAGUGGCUGCUGGAGUGUUUUAAAACAAAAACGUGUGUGCCGUGGCAGCCUCGCGUCAUGGUUCACAUGUGCCCGUCAACAAAGCAGCACUUUGCCCGCGAAUAUGAUUGCUAUGGAGAUAGCUAUUUUGUUGAUACGGAUUUGGAUCAACUGAAAGAAGUGUUUUCAGGAAUUAAACCCAGGGAGCAGCAGACUCCUGAAGAAAUGGCCCCCGUGAUCGCCGACCUAGAAUACCGCUAUUCCUGGGAUCGCUCUCCUCUCAGUAUGUUUCGGCACUGCACCGUGUAUCUGGACUUGUAUGCUGUUGUCAACGACUUGAGCUCCAGAAUCGAAGCAACGAGAUUAGGUGUGACAGCGCUCGAGCUGCGGUUUCAUGGAGCCAGGGUAGUGUCCUGCUUAUCUGAGGGGGUGUCUCAUGUGAUCGUUGGGGAAGAUCCUAGCCGAGUUGCAGACUUCAAAGCUUUCAGGAGGACUCUUAAGAAAAAGUUUAAAAUCCUGCAAGAACAUUGGGUGACUGAUUCAGUAGACAAGUGUGAGCUUCAGGAUGAAAGUCGGUAUUUGCUCUAGAGCUAGCUCUCCAGGGAGACCGUGGGCUGCGUCAGCAUUUGCUCUAGAGCUAGCUCUCCAGGGAGAACAUUGGCUGUGUCAGUAUUUGCUCUAGAGCUAGCUCCAGGGAGAACAUUGGCUGCAUUCAUAUUUGCUCUAGAGCUAGCACUCCAGGGAGAGCGUGGGCUGCAUCAGCAUUUGCUCUAGAGCUAGCUGUCCAGGGAGAGCGUGGGCUACAUCUGUAUUUGCUCUAGAGCUAGCUUUCCCCGUGGGCUGCGUCAGCAUUUGCUCUAGAACUAGCUGUCCAGGGAGAGCGUGGGCUGCAUCUGUAUUUGCUCUAGAGCUAGCUCUCCCCAUGGACUGCGUCAGCAUUUGCUCUAGAGCUAGCUGUCCAGGGAGAACAUUGGUUGUGUCAGGCAGCAGCGGCACUCACGAUGAAACAGCCAGCGAUGUUCAUUUUAUCUCUUAAAUACUUCAAAAGCAUUCGUUACCCGAAGACAGUAAUUUUUAGGUAGAAAAGACAAAAGAAAAGAGCCAACGCUAAAAACAAAGUUUCUAACUUGGCUGAUAACCAUGACGCACAACGACAGUUUCAAGAGGCGCUUGUGCGGCAUCCUUGCAGAGACUAGAAUUCUGAUUCAGUAUCAGUAAAGGACAUUUGGGAGCUUUUAGAACCAUCACAGCUUUUGGCUUUCUAAACAGAAUUUUCCCGAGUUAAAAAUUGUAAUUGUUUUUAGCUAGUAAAAGAAUUAUUCAAAAAAUCAGAGUUACUACAGUUAGACUUAUAAAAGUAAGUCUUUUUAUUCAAGAGCUCAAAUGCCUCCUGGAAUCAUGAACUAUUUUAAUGAACAGUUUUUAUGGUUAUGGUUAAAUGAAUUAAUAAGAUUUUUUGAUAAUGUGGGGGAAGUUAAAAGAAUCACCUAAACACUGGACAUGAAAGUUAAUUGACUUGAUUACAAAAUAAAAACCUUUGCAGUUUUAAGUUAUCUUAGGUUUAAUCUUUCUGAAGUGGGACAUGUUUCAUAGAGAAAGGCUUUUCAUGAAUGUACACUCCAGCAUUAACAGAGUUCACAGAGCUUGUCUCCUGUUGGUGACCCUCUGAGGAGCUGCCCGUACAGAGAGCAAGCUGUGAUGUCAGUAGAGAAAGCUUUGACUUUUAGAGGUGGCUUUUAUAGUUAAUUGAAGUCACAGUCGUGUGUAUUAUGUCUGUACUCAGAAAUGUACCUCCAUGGCAGCCCUGAAAUGGAGAAGUGUGGGACCUGAGGCAAUGGGUAUCGGUUAUCUGAAGCAAUUAGACUUCUUUUUGAAGCAAUCGAAUAAAUGUUUGUGGUUUUUGUAAUUUAAAUAAAAUUAUUAAAUAUUUAAUGUAAUACCAAAAUAAUUAAUGUUCAUUUAUUUUAAAGUAAUUCGUCAUAGUUCUUUUAUUCAGAUUUUAUAGUGCUAUUAUACUUUGUAUCUUUGUGUGAGAUGGGUGUCAGGUGACCUUGCACUUACAGUAGUCAUGUGACUGUAAGCUCCCAAGUAUUGAAAUUACAGCCGCUAGCCAUCGCUCUGUCUGUAUACUUUCAGACUAGCUUCGUCCUGUUCCUUCUGGAAUCAUUGGGUUUCACAUACCAAAUGAACUUUGACAAUUUAAUAGUGUACUUCUUCGUGUUUAUAGAGGCAUAUUCCAAAGGGCAAGUAUAGUUAAAAGUUUAUAAUUUUCCUACCAAAGGUAACGUUUGAUUAUGGUGUCCAUGGUAAGGGAGCCAUGAAGCCACUGUUCAGGUAGCAAUGCUGAAACUUACUACGCUUAUUAUUUUCUCAGUAAGUUGUGAGAAUAUUUGCAGGCCAUAAAAGUUGCCUCACCGCCUCACUGCAGGCUAGCACAGCCCUGGACACAUCGCAUGGACCUUCUUAACCUGGGCCAGCGUUGAGUUAACUCCUCACAUUCCAUCCACCUUUCCUUAUCCUUUCAAGCGGUGCAGUGGAUCUGUUACGAGGUUGGCGUGCUUGUGUGAUAGCUCUAAGCUUGGUUGUCAGUUUGACUACCUCAGGAAGCAACUAAAACACAGGCUGCUGGGCACUCCUAUGAGGGGUGUGAAGGGUUUUCAAAACAGGAAGACUUCCCCUGAGUGUGGGUGACACCUAGUGGCAGUCAGAUGAAAGGACAUGGAAGGUGGAGACAGCUCUUCCCUCACGGUGGCUGAGAAGCUUAUCUGGUCCUUGCCUGUGUUGGAACCUGCUUCUUCAGGAUCCUCGCGGAGGCUGAAGACUAGCAUUCAGGAAUCCUCCAGGUCCCCAGGGCCAAACAGGGACUGCAGAGACAUCCAGCUUCACGGAUCAAGUGACUUCUAGAUUCGCAGCCUCCUGUACGAGGUGGCCAUUGUUUGCCCACCUGAAAAAUGUCCAGUAAAUCUCUUUUCAAUACGUGGGGUUUUCUUGUCUGUUCUGUUUUUUGGAGAACCCUAACUGGUGCCCUGAGUCCUAGAGCUGGCUCUGAGUCACUCUAACUGCCCUGAGUCCUAGAGCUAGCUCCCUGUCACACUAACUGGUCCCCUGAGUCCUAGAACUGGCUUCUUUGUCAGUGACUUGCAGAGUGUUGAAAAACCCUUAGUGAAAUGCUUUCUUUGGUUCCUCUUGACCAAGUCUCAGUGUUUGCUGCUUGGUUGCUCCCAGCCAGGCCUACUCUGAUUUUAUUGACUCGGGGUACUCUGUACCCUGAGUU